AUGCCUUUCACUCGUGGAGACGACGAUUUAAUUGAAGAAUCUGAACCAGUUUUGAAAGAACUGUUGCAUCCAGAUGGUGGUUGCGAGUCUCUUCCCAUCCCACCUGUUGCACAGAAAGACGCCGUCUGGGAAUGCGAUGUGUUGGCGGAAAUGAAUACGCUAAAAACCAAAGCGCAUACUGGAUUGAGCAAAAAUCGCUUAUGUUUGGUGUGCGGCGAACGGGCAUGGAAUCUAUCGGACCACCUGGAGAAAAAUCACCCCGAAGAGGAUGUUCAAGCCGUUGAUGAUGCGUGCUUCUUUUGCCGUAAAAUUCAGAAACCGCGAGUCAUUGCUCCUCAUUUCCUGAUCGUUCAUCGCGAAAGGGCGGCGAUGCCGGACGAAGCCACCCGCAUGGCUGCGCUGGACUUUAUGCGGCGAACGGGAUUUUUGCAGUACCGUUGUGUGCGGUGCAAAAAAAUAUUUCCCAAGAAACACCUGUUGGAUUUGCACAGCAUUAUACAUAGCCCGGACCAGGCGGAUCAGCCUGAGCGGAAGUGCUCCGAGUGUCCUUUUUUGGCGGAAACUUUCCUGGAUGUGGUGAAGCAUACAGCGAAGCAUCAGAAAUGGUCGCGUAAGAUCCGAACGCCGUGUUUAUUAUGCGGCGUCGGCGUGCGCGUCAACCUCCGCGACCACAUGGAGAGUAACCAUCCGGACGAGAUGAAAUUGAUCAUGGCGACAUGGAAAUUCCAGUGCCCGGAGUGUCGGCACCAAUUCGCCAGGAAAUUCGAUCUCAACGUGCAUGCGUCAAAGGUGAACAAAGGAUGGCAGAAGUCCUGCAUCAGCGCACCAAGAUUUACGCCAACUGGAGGAACGCGCAGAGCACGCUGGCAAAGAGGCAAGAAGCGCGAGGCCAAGGUCAAGCUGGAGCUGCCCGGCAAGCGCGACAAGAUCCAGUGCGCGCCCUAUGAAGUCCGCAAGACGCCUGUUAUACAUUGUGCCAUGAUGCUUCUGAUGAAGCGCCCUACAACUCCGAGCAACGCCAGGACUGCGAAAAGCACGCAGCGGAAGAGAUUAAAUCAAACCCAUUCGUCCUUAGAGUUCAGCGAAUUUAACAGGAAAAGCCUGGCUUUCGAAACCUUCGAAGAUCUCCCGGAAAUCCUGCACCCUGGAAAGCCACGAAUCGCGGAGGACGUUCUGACAUCAGUGUGUGCGUAUCGGGAUUUCAAAGACUUUGUCAAACUGAGCCGUCAAGUGGCUACGAAGUUCCACCAGACUACCUACAGAUCCCUGAUCAAGUCAUACGAGGAUAAAUGGAAGCCAGCUGACGACCUGAUUAUCCUGGAAGGGAAGCGCUCCAAGCGGAGAGCCUGCGAAUCAAAAAUAGAGUUGGUCCAGGACGCCCACCAAGCUUGCGGCCUGAGUUUCUACGUGAUGGACGAUGUGUCCGAGAAGAACGGCCCUCCUGCCGGCGGCAGCAGCCUGGAAUUGGACAAUGACGUUGAGGGCUUGCCGGAAAUUGAGCGUGACGGCAGUCUACUUGGCCAGGCCACAGAAAAUGCCACUACCUUGGCGUCUUGUGCUAUGGUUGAUUCGUCGUCGUUGGUUAAGGAGAUCCUGGAGGUGGCGGGGCUCUUUGAUACGGCCCACAUCCUGACCAAGGAAGCCGCCAAAUACUCAUCCGAAGCGGAUGAUCCGCCGUGACGGAAUAUAGCAGUACUGUAGCGAUACGUACGUAAAGUGACGGCUUUACUUGUACUUUCCAUUAUUCACUGUACUUCCUCGACGUUUCUCUUUUGUUUUCGGAUUUACUUUUGGUUGUUUCUACACGGAUGCGCCGUGUCUAUAUAAGUCCGUGAGUGGCAGUACUUUGGGGAUCAGUUCUCUCAUUACGAGUUUUGGCAGUUUCGGAGUUUCUAAUUAAAAUAUCGUCGGAGA